UGAUCAAAAUAAAACACACCUUAAAUAAAAACUACUCCCGCUUUUGUCUUCCAUAUUCUCCUCCCUACCGCCACCAAUACACAGCCGCCAGCAACGGCCAACGACAGCCACACCAACACCCAACGUCGUUUCUCCCUCCGUUCAUUGUCUCUCCCACAGCUCGCUGUUAACGCGGUACUCACUCAGGCACGCUGUCCAUAGACCCGCUGCACUUAUCCUCGUUGCUGCUUCUCGUGCAGCUUCUCGCCUCCUUGCUGCUAGUCCUCGUCCUCAGUCACGCCGCUGCUCUUUGUGGUGCUGCUUCCACCCGCUCAGUGAGUAGUAGUGGUCUCGAUCAAAGAUGCAGAAUACGCGACAAAAAACACAAGAAAUACUGUACACGAAGCAGCCUUACAUCGAGAAUGUAGGCCCACGCAGAAUCAAAAGUAUGCAAUUCUGCAUGAUGUCUGGGGUGGAGAUUAUCAAAGCUGCAGAGUGUCAAGUGCAUUUGGGUGUGUACUAUGACUCUAAUAGAAAGCCUGUUCAAGCUGGCUUAUUGGAUACCCACAUGGGUCCUGCCAAUAAGAAUAGUACAUGCCAAACUUGUGGUGCUGGGUUUCACGAGUGUCCUGGGCACUUUGGAUACUUGAACCUUGUAUUGCCUGUUUUUAAUGUUGGAUAUAUAAGCAAUAUCUUGGACAUUUUGAAGUGCAUCUGUAAGUCUUGCUCUCAUAUACUUUUGGGUGAUAAGUUAUAUAAAGAACAAUUGAGAAAGAUGAGAAAUCCAAAGAUAGAUCCCCUGAGGAAAAGCGAUCUCAUGAAAAUGAUGGUGAAGAAGUGUAGUACCAUGGUGAGCAAUAAAGCUGUGAAGUGCACAAGAUGUGGAGAGAUGAAUGGUAUGGUCAAGAAGGCUGGGUCUGCACUAAGCAUUAUUCAUGAUCGUGGAAAAAUAAUUGAUGGCUAUGUGGAUGAAUGUAAAUCUGCAAUUUCACACACAAAAGAGUAUAGGGCACCAAUUAGUCCAGCUACAUACAUUCUUAAUCCUGCCAGAGUUUUGUCUCUUUUUGAGAGAAUUUCAGAGGAGGAUUGUGAAGUGCUUGGUCUGGCUGACAGACCUGAGAAACUCAUCAUAACAAACGUUGCUGUGCCACCUAUACCAAUCCGACCUUCUGUUAUUAUGGAUGGAUCACAGAGCAAUGAAAAUGACCUCACGGAGAGGUUAAAACAAAUUAUUCAGGCAAAUGCUAGCCUUCGUAUGGAGUUAUUGGAAGGGAGGAGGAGUAUGAAUAAAUAUCUGGAUUCCUGGGAUGGUCUUCAAGCUGCAGUUGCACUCUAUGUAAAUAGUGAUGUUCGUGUUCCAAAUAAUGUGGAAGUUGGGAAGCCACUUAGUGGCUUUGUUCAGCGCCUUAAAGGAAAGCAGGGACGAUUUCGUGGGAAUUUAUCUGGGAAGCGUGUUGAAUAUACUGGCAGGACUGUUAUAUCACCAGACCCUAAUCUGAAAAUUACUGAGGUAGCGAUUCCCAUCCAUAUGGCUCGGAUUCUAUCAUACCCUGAACGUGUUUCCCAUCACAAUAUUGAGAAGUUGAAGCAGUGUGUCAGUAAUGGCCCUCAUAAAUACCCUGGUGCCAGGAUGGUCAGACAUCCUGAUGGUUCUUCAAAUGUUUUGACAGGUACUUACAGAAAACGCAUUGCAGAGGAACUAAAAGUUGGUUGUAUAGUUGAUCGCCAUUUGGAAGAUGGAGAUAUUGUUCUUUUUAACAGACAACCAAGCUUGCAUAGAAUGUCUAUCAUGUGCCAUAGGGCAAGAGUUAUGCCUUGGAGAACAUUGAGAUUUAACGAAUCUGUUUGCAAUCCAUAUAAUGCUGAUUUUGACGGUGAUGAGAUGAAUAUGCAUGUUCCACAAACAGAAGAGGCUCGAACAGAGGCUCUCUUGCUGAUGGGAGUGCAAAAUAAUUUAUGCACACCAAAAAAUGGAGAGAUCUUGGUUGCUUCCACUCAAGAUUUUCUAACAUCAUCUUUUCUCAUAACAAGGAAGGACACAUUUUAUGACCGUGCAGCUUUCUCACUCAUGUGUUCUUAUAUGAAUGAUGGCAUGGAUAUUGUUGAUUUGCCAACACCUGCAAUACUGAAGCCAAUAGAGCUUUGGACUGGUAAACAAUUAUUCAGUGUCCUACUUCGUCCAAGUGCAAAUGUGAGAGUCUUCCUGAAUCUCAUUGUUAAGGAGAAAAUCUACUCCAAACCUAAAAAAGGGGAUACAAGAGAAAAAGAAACAAUGUGUCCCAAUGAUGGUUUUGUUUAUAUCCGGAACAGUGAGCUAAUAUCUGGACAGCUGGGAAAGGCGACUCUUGGAAAUGGCAACAAGGACGGACUUUACUCUGUGCUUCUUAGAGACUACAAAGCACAUGCUGCUGCCACUUGCAUGAAUCGGCUAGCUAAAUUGAGUGCUCGAUUUAUAGGAAAUCAUGGCUUCUCAAUUGGGAUCGAUGAUGUCCAACCAGGAAAAAAAUUGAUUGAUGAAAAAGGGAAAACAAUUUCAAAUGGUUAUCAACAGUGUGAUAAACUAAUAGAGGAAUACAAUGAAGGAAAGCUUUCACUUAAACCUGGUUGCGAUGCCAUUCAAACGCUAGAAGCUGAAAUAACUGAGAAACUAAAUAAGCUUCGAGAAGAAGCUGGUGAUGUAUGCAUGAAAGAAUUGCAUUGGAGAAACAGUCCAUUGAUCAUGUCACAGUGUGGAUCGAAAGGAUCUCCUAUUAAUAUCAGCCAGAUGAUUGCAUGUGUUGGUCAGCAAUCAGUUGGAGGUCGCCGUGCACCAGAUGGAUUCAUAGAUCGAAGCCUUCCUCAUUUCCCUAUAAAAUCCAAAACCCCUGGAGCUAAAGGCUUUGUUGCUAAUUCAUUCUAUAGCGGUUUGACGGCAACCGAAUUUUUCUUCCAUACUAUGGGUGGAAGAGAAGGUCUUGUGGACACUGCGGUCAAAACGGCUGACACUGGGUACAUGUCUCGUAAACUAAUCAAAGGACUAGAGGACUUGUCUAUCCAAUAUGAUAAUACAGUGCGAAAUGCAAGUGGAUGUAUAGUUCAAUUUCUUUAUGGGGAUGAUGGCUUGGAUCCUGCAAAAAUGGAAGGGAAAGGUGGAUUUCCAUUGAAUCUUGAUCGAUUGUUCAUAAAAGUGAAGGCCACCUCUCCUGCUGUAGAAGGGGACUAUCUAUCUCCAUCAGAUAUCUCCAUUAUGGUGGAAAAUUUGAUAGUAAAGUAUGAUACUGCUCUUGGCAGCAUUUGUACUGAAGCCUUCAAAAAAAGUUUGCGUUCCUUCCUUGGAGAUCAUGUGAAGAAAUUGGAAAGCAUGAUGAAACUGGUUGGUGGUGUUGAGGAGGAAAGUUCUGAGGAUAUAGAAGUUGGAGCUGUAAGAGGAGAUACUAAGAAUAUAGAAAAAGUGGCACAUAAGAUAUUUGGUAUUAGUAAAAGACAGCUAGAGGUUUUCUUGAGAACCUGCAUAGAUCGUUACCUUUGGAAAAGAGUUGAACCUGGGACUGCAAUUGGUGCAAUUGGUGCUCAAAGUAUAGGAGAGCCUGGAACGCAAAUGACUUUGAAGACAUUUCACUUUGCUGGGGUUGCAAGCAUGAAUAUAACACAGGGAGUUCCUCGUAUCAAAGAAAUAAUAAAUGGGGCCAAAAAGAUCAGUACACCAAUAAUUACUGCGGAGCUUGAGAAUAAUACUAAUGUGAAUGCUGCUCGAAUUGUAAAAAGUCGCAUCCAAAAGACUACUUUAGGCCAGGUUGCCAAGAGUAUCAAAAUUGUGAUGACUUCAAGAUCGGCAUCUGUAGUGGUCUCACUGGACAUGCAAACAAUCCAAGAGGCACAAUUAUCUUUGGAUGCUAACAUUGUGAAGGAAUCAAUAUUACGAACUCCAAGAAUUAAAAUAAAGCCACAGAAUGUCAAGGUUUUGGAUAUUAGAAAGUUGGAAGUUAUUCCUCCAGGUGACAGAGAAAAAGUUCACUUUGAACUCCAUGCUCUUAAAAAUCUGCUUCCAAGAAUUGUGGUAAAGGGCAUAGGAACUGUUGAACGCGUUGUUAUUGCCCAAAAGAAACAUGACGGUAAAGCAACUGACCGAGAGCUCCCAACAUACAACAUGUUAGUAGAAGGCACUGGUCUUCAAGAUGUCAUGGGGACAGAAGGAGUGGAUGGGCGCAAGACAACAUGUAAUCAUGUAAUGGAAGUUCAUAAAUACCUUGGAAUUGAGGCUUCAAGAAAAUGCAUUAUUGAUGAGAUAAAAAAUGUUAUGGAAGGUCAUGGAAUGAGCAUUGACAUACGUCAUAUGAUGCUUUUAGCAGAUCUGAUGACAUUUAAGGGCGAAGUUCUUGGAAUUAAUAGAUUUGGCAUUCAAAAGAUGGAAAAAAGCGUGUUGAUGUUGGCUUCAUUUGAAAAAACAGCAGAUCAUCUUUUCCAUGCUGCUGUAAACGGUAGAGAUGACAAGAUUGAGGGAGUUAGUGAAUGUAUCAUUAUGGGCAUCCCUAUGCAGCUAGGCACCGGUAUACUCAAAGUACAGCAAAGGCUGCAGGACCCCUCACCACCUUUGCCUUGCACCUUCAAUAACAAGGAGUUUAUCUUGGCUCACAAACUGCUGGAUAUUUAAUACCGUAGCAGAGUACAGGACUCUUAUAGAAGGGCCCCAUACAAGAUUAAUCAACAACCCAAAUUGUUAGACUGGAAUGAUUAUCAUGCGACACUGGGGUUAAUCCACUGCCAAUGCUGAAUUACAGAUUUGAUCCUAUCAUCUCUUAAAGUGUUGGUAAUUCCAAAGUUCAUCAAGCAAUGAAUAUGGAUGACUGUCUUACACAUGGUGCACGUGCAUUAGUUUCCUAUUUGAUGGAGAAGUAACCAUGUGCUGUUGGUGGCUUUGGCUGAAUACAAGUUGGCAAAUUAUAGGCAUGCAACAACAUUUGCAUUUGUGUAUCUGUAAAGCUUCUAGCUUCUCAGACCUCACGACAAUGUGCAUGUGGUUUGGAUUGGUGUGCAUUUCAAUUUGGAUAAUCGCAUUGAACUGUAGAAAUUAAACUUCAAAAAGUUUAGGGACUUGAUGACGGAAUAAAAGACAGGUAGAUUCAACCAUUUUAGAAAGGAGAUGCAGUUCAAUGGAAGAGAUCUCACUUGCAAGCAUAUUUAGGUGGGAUUAAAUAUAUGGGUUACCCAAUAUUGUAAUAUUGUUGAUUAGGAAGAAGAACGUAGGAGUAUUCGAGAAUGUAUGGCUUAAGGGAAUUUUAAUGAUAGAUUAAACAGAUGAUUAAAUUGUAAAUAUAAUUAUAAUAAGAUAGAAAAAUUAAGUCUUUUUUGGUACCAAGAUUCGUCCUCUCUCAAUGGCAAUGCAUACCCAUAGUUGGGUAGUUAUUUUACUGAUCUAAUGCCUGUAAGUUCCCUUUGAUCUGCACAUAAUUCAUCUGUUGU